AGAAAAAAAAAUCAAGAAAUGGUCAAAACUUUGUUUUGUUUUCGAAAGGCGUACCGAAUUUCUCUUCUGAAAGGCAGACGGGUGCCAAAAUUAAUGUGUGUGUAGCACCACUGUACGGCCAAGACUUUUGUCUCUCUUCUGCAACUGCACAUUCAAAAUUCAAAAGCGGAAUGUCGUGGAAGGAAGUGCUGAAGCCGUCGAUAGCCGAGUACGAGCGGCAGACCGUGGGCUUGUCCGUUUGCUCGGACGGACAGGACAGCAACGAGGGCUUCGGCGAGGACAAGAUGUGUUGCGGAAUGGAGAUGCUGCCCGAGUCUUCCGCGUCCACCUAUGAGCUGGUCUGCGUGGACGAGUGGCUGAAGAGCCGCACCGAGUCAAUGUCCAGUAUGGACAUGGACGUGUCCAUGACUGACGCCGCGGCCAAGGAAAACACAAAUCUGUCCGAGUUGGAUCAGUUCUUGACGCCGAAGGGAGCCGUCGACCUGUGCAUGGCCAACGAGAAUCAGAAUUUAAGCGAGGAUGCGUCCAGUCUGCUUCUCUCGGAUGAUUUGCUUUGCAAGCCGGACAAACCCAGAAAAACCACUCUGGAGACACCCUUGUUUUUGGUUGAGGAGGAGUCUCGGCUGAAGGAUGAAGAUGGUCUGGUCGGACGAAGGGGUAGUUGGACGGAACACCUGGAAAAGGACAAGUCGAAUUGGGACCUGAUGUCGAACACAAGCCAGAAGAGCCACGAGUUAGUCAAGGAGGUCGACUUUCCGGAGUUCAAUCUGGUGCCUCCGUUCGACCAGAUAUGUUCGAUUGAAAUGCCGGACAGCAAAGAGCUUAUUGAAGAUCCGCUAAUGGACAAAGUUGUCGAAGUUUUGCCGAAAGACUUACAAAAGGAGCAGAACAGAGAUCCCCUUAUGACCAGCGUCCAGGAUGAAGAUAAUGCCACCGAGACAGUUUUAAUCAAUUCGGUUUUGGACACGAGUGAUUCUAUGAAAAAUGAGGAGGAUUUGGCGAUUAUUGCCAUAUCGGCAAAUUCGGAUGAAAAUACAGCACAAAUAAUCAUCAGCACUGGUCCGACAGUUUUCCAGGCAGAGGAGAGCGUUAAGAAGCAAGAUGCUAUCAACGUUGAAAUUGUUCAGGACCAAAAUGAGGAGCUUGGAAAUGCUGAUGAAAUUAUGUCUGACGAAGAAGAAGAAGAAGAGGAGGAUGAGGAUAAUGAAAAUUCUCUAAUGAUUGCUAAGUCAGACGAAGAGGAGGAUGAAGUGAAUGAAGAAGAUGAGCAGCCGCUGAUUGAAGCCCUGGCUGCAAUUGGCAUCAAAGUCGAAUCGCUCAUGUAUGUUAAAACGGACAGUCAACAUCGAAUGUGGAUGUGUCCGGUUAAAGACUGCAGGAAAAUGUAUUCAAAGCAAAGCGCCCUAAAGGUCCACAUUCUCAGUCAUUAUGGUCUAAGACCAUUCAAGUGUGACUACGAAGGCUGUUUUUGGUCGUUCUACACACAUUUUAGACUGAAAAGACACAAAGCAACCCACUUAAAGAAAAAGGACUUUCUGUGCACAUACGAGGGGUGUGGUAGGAAAUUUACCACGAUCUACAACUUGCACACUCAUCAGAAGCUGCACGAAAGGCCAGCGGAGAACGUGUGCACAGUAGCUGGUUGUGAAGCGAGUUUCCAGACAAAACGGAAACUGGAGCUGCACCUGAAGGAGCACGACUCGAGUCAUGCCCCUUACAAGUGUCAUUACUGCAAGCGAGGCUAUUACUCGAUCAAUUCGCUCAACAUGCAUAUCAGGGGCCACGAGCACAAGGAGGAGGAGGUCAUUUGCCAGUGGGCUGGCUGUGGAAAAAGGUUCGACAAGCCUUGCAGACUGAGGGCACACAUGCGAUCUCACACCGGAGACAGGCCCUACAUUUGCACAUUUGAAGGCUGCAAGUGGUCGUUUUCGACUGCCAGCAAGCUGAGGAGACACUCGCAGAAACACACGGAUGAACGCAAUUUUAAGUGUCCCAUGGAUGGAUGUCCUAAGGCCUUUUUACGGCCAGAACACCUGCGCGAACACAUUCUCACUCACCAAGGCACCAAAAACUGGGAAUGUCCAGUUGCAGGCUGUGAGGCUAGGUUUACUGCCAAGAGUAGUUUGUAUGUGCAUGUGAAGAAACACAAAUCCCCCACAACCAAGGACAUGUUCGUUUGUCCUUUCGAAAACUGCAAUCACAAGUACCUACGGAAAGCAAGCUUGAGGCACCAUGUUGUGAAAAAUCAUCAGGUGCAGCUUGUGGAUGAUUCUUCAACUGAGAGUCCAGCAGUCUCAAACAAUUUCUUGGCUUUUCCCAUUGACGGACAGGAGAUUCUUAUAGGCCAAACAUUCUCAGUGUCCGAUCCCAUUGAAAAUGCCGUUGUUCUUUCUACAAUCAACCCAGCUGACAUAAUGCUUUCCAGCGACCCAGAGUUGCCAACUUUGGUUCAAGCAGACGACUCCCACACAAACCUGAAUAGCAUCAAUGUGACCAGUAAUCUCUCUAAUUUAUUGGCAGAAGAGUCUGAAGAUGACAGCCAUGUUGGAUGUGCCCGCACAAAUCUCCCUUUGCCCCUGGUUCCCCGAAAAGCCAACCGCACCACAAAUGUUCUACCGGCACCUGCUUUGCUACCCGAAGACAUCUUCAACGAUUCACUCCUGGUGACACCGCAGGGAAUCGAGUUCCAAAUCAUGCUGGACACCAGACAGAGGGAAUUUGCAGAGUCGACCAUCAAUCUGCGAGACCUUGAGUGAGUGGUGCAUUUGUUAUUUGUUCCCCGGUUGUUUGGAGUUCGAACAAACAAACUGACUGCAAUUUACUUUUCUUUCCUUUUUUUUUUUGGCAUAAUUUGUGAUUCAUCGUGGCAUUUACGAUCAAAAGCUUCUACUAAUAAUCAUCCUAAUUUAUUUUAUUGGUAUGAGAAGCUUUACGUUUUUACAAUUCUCUAUCUCGCGCUCGUUUUAUUAUCUUGUUAGUGUUUCUUCUUUUGCAAAAUGUGAUAUCGACGAGCCAAUAAUAUAAACCUAGGCAAAAGUAUGAAAGUGAUUCCAUUUUAUUUGAUUAUUAUGUCCUUGCUCACAAUUUCAAACAGCAAUUUGUGUGUUCCCUUCUGCUGCAUCACUCGUUUCAGUCAUUUCAUAUUCAUCUUGUUCGUCUCUGACAAAACAUCUUUUUGUAUUAAAGUAAAGAAACCACAUUGCAAAGAACACAAAUCCUUCAAAUAGAAUUGCUGCUGCUGCUACAAUCAGCACUUUGGUGGGAUUCCCCCAGUCCAUUGUUUCGUAUAUGUAUUUUUUGCCAUUUCGAUUCACCCCAUGGAACAUGUAAUGAUAAAUGGCUGUGAAUGCCGGGUACACGAGGCCAAGCAG